AUGGCAGCUGAAAAUACGCCAUCGGAGAACUCGAACGAGACUCCUCGUUCACAGCCAACCGAAAAACUCACGAACGGUGACCAUGCAGGCGAGGAGACCGAGGAAGCCAAUGGAGGAGGUGUCUUUCAGAUUACUGUGAAAUUACCGCAUGAGCCUUACAAGAUCCAGGUCAUGGUUUCAAGCCAAGAGCAAGUGCAAGACCUUCGCCAGUCCAUUGUCGAGCUACCUGGUACUUUCCAGUACACAUGUUUCCAUCUUCAGUUCAAUGGGCAACGGAUCAACGACUAUAUUGAGCUGUCCGAGGUGAAGGAUCUCAAAGCCGAUUCCGAAAUCACUCUUGUGGAGGACCCAUACACCGAAAAGGAAGCUCGCAUGCAUGUAGUGCGCAUUAGGGAGCUGAUUGGCGCUGCCGGGGAUCGUGUCGACAAUCUGCAGGGUCUUUCCACAGGCUUAUCGCUCCAUGACUCUGUGGCAAGCGAGGCCGUAGACUCCGAGUCAGAGAAGACGGUAGACUCCAAAGGUCAUCCCCUGGCCGGCUACGACCCGAACUCCCUUGGUAGUUUCAACACCAUCCUUCCUCGAGCCGAGAACCCGGCUCCUAAAACCAUCAAAGCGAUUUCUCUCUCGCCAUGGAACCCCCCGCCAUACAAUCUGCGACAAAAAGGCCACCUUCUCUAUCUGCAGGUUACCACUAACGAGGGCGAACAACAUCAAAUCACCUCGCACGUUUCUGGUUUUUACGCCAAUAAGUGCUCGAAUAGCAAAUUCGACCCCUUUCCCCGGCCGGCACCCAAGAACAACAGCGCCCAUUCUUUGCUCACCUUAAUCUCACAAAUAUCGCCAUCUUUUGAGAGCAGCUUCCGCGCAUUGCAGGAGUCAAACAGCCAGCGAGACCUCUUGACGACGUUUCCUUUCCAAAACGCUAUCCCCAAUAGCCCGUGGUUGGUGACUCCCACCGCGGCUUCCCUAAAUGCCCAUCAGCCCGACGUUGCGAGAUCUCAAGAGAACCUAUUAAUUGCUGGAGUUGAUAACUCGGAAACCCUUCGUGACUGGAAUGAGGAAUUCCAGUCCACCAAGGAGCUUCCCCGUGAGACGGUUCAGGAUAGAGUCUUCCGGGAGCGCUUGACUUCAAAGCUCUUCGCUGAUUACAAUGACGCUGCUGCGCGUGGUGCUGUGCUGGUUGCUAGGGGCGAGGUGGCACCCCUGAACCCAACGGAAGGUCGCGAUGCUCAAAUAUUCGUCUACAAUAACAUAUUUUAUUCAUUCGGAGCAGAUGGCGUUGGUACUUUUGCUUCUGAGGGAGGCGAUGAAGCCGCACGUGUUGCAGUCGGGAAGGACGUUUUGGGAAUAAAAGCUGUCAACCAAUUGGAUAUUUCUGGCCUGUUUACACCAGGCACUGUUGUUGUGGACUAUCUUGGAAAACGCGUGGUUGGCCAAAGCAUUGUUCCGGGCAUUUUCAAGCAGCGAGAACCUGGCGAGCACCAAAUUGAUUAUGGUGGUGUUGAAGGAAAGGAGGUUGUUGCUGAGCAUCCUGAUUUUGUUUCUGUCUUCGAAAAGCUUUCUAAAGCCUUGCGAGUGAAGAAGCAUCCUGUAUGGGAUAAGGAAGGAAAACGCCAUGAUUUGGAAGGUAGUGUUGAAACCAAGGGUCUGCUGGGCACCGAUGGCCGUAAAUAUGUUCUCGACUUGUACCGUAUCGCCCCUAUCGAUAUUUCGUGGGCCGAGGAAGAGAGUGCUCAUGAAGCCUAUCCUCAUCGGAUGUCUAUCUUGCGUCUUGAGUUGGUGGAGUCGUAUUGGCGGUCAAAGAUGAGUCAGUACGUCAAAGAAGAAGUCGCAAAGAGACGAAGCAAAAAGGCAGCAGAGAAGACCGACAAUGAAGCUCAGACUGAAGAUUCCGAGAAGGCUGCGGAGGACCAAGAGCGUGUAGAUAUCUCAGGGUUCAACCUUGCACUCAACCCGGAUGUCUUCAGCGGCCAGGUUCCUCAGACAGAGGAAGAGAAGAAAGAAUGGGCUGAGGAUGAGAAGGAAGUCCGCAAUGCUUGCGACUAUCUACGAACCAAAAUACUCCCUGAACUCAUUCAAGAUCUUUACAAUGGGGACGUUGGUUUCCCAAUGGACGGACAGUCUUUGAGCCAAUUGCUUCACAAGCGUGGCAUCAAUAUUCGCUACCUGGGCCGUCUGGCUAAUUUGUCUCAGCAAAAAGGCCAUCGUCUACGAUCUUUGGCAACCUUGGUUACCCAGGAAAUGAUUGCACGUUCUUUUAAACACAUUGCCAAUCAUUAUCUCCGCUCCCUGCCCCCACCAUUUGCCGCUUCGUGCAUUUCUCAUCUCUUGAACUGUCUACUGGGGUCAGAUGUCAAUGGCAAGCCUCAAGCAGAUAUUGAUGAGUCUUUGCGCCAGAUCUACCCAGAGGCUGACUUUUCCUUUGAAGCUGUCAGCCCAUCUGAUCUGCAGGCGGAGAUUGAGAAACAAGUCAAAAUUAGAUAUCGUUUCUCGCUUCCAUCGGAUUGGGUCGGCUCUUUGAAACAUCUGCAGUUGCUGCGCGAUAUUUCCAUCAAACUUGGUAUUCAACUUGGCGCUCGAGAGUUCGCCUUCACCAAGGCUCAAGCAUCGUCUCUGCCAGUAACAAACGGUGUGGAUGAGACCAAACACGAAGAGACCAACAAGAAGAAGAAGAAGAAGGCUGCUGGCGACAGCGCCUCUCCACCGCGCUCUGCUACCCCCAAACCCAUCACCACAUUCACACAGGAGGACAUUCUCAAUGUUGUUCCCCUAAUCAAAGACGCAGCUCCGCGAAGUGCCUUGGCUGAAGAAGCCCUUGAGGCAGGCCGCAUUUCUUUGAUGCAGAACCAGAAGCAGUUAGGACAGGAACUUAUUUUGGAAUCCCUCUCCCUGCACGAGCAAAUAUAUGGUAUCCUCCAUCCCGAGGUUGCCAAACUGUACCAUCAACUGUCGAUGUUGUAUUACCAGACCGACGAAAAGGAUGCCGCAGUUGAGCUUGCACGCAAAGCAGUUAUCGUCACAGAACGUACACUAGGUGUUGAUUCUGCGGACACCAUCUUGAGCUAUCUAAACUUGAGUCUUUUUGAACACGCGACCGGUAACACUAAAAUGGCUCUUGUGUAUGUGAAGCAUGCUAUGGAUCUCUGGAAGAUUAUCUACGGCCCGAAUCAUCCCGAUUCCAUUACCACCAUGAACAACGCUGCUGUCAUGCUGCAACAUCUCAAGCAGUAUCCGGAUUCUCGUAAGUGGUUUGAGGCCUCUCUCACCGUCUGCGAGGAGCUAUUUGGCCGGCAGUCAGUCAAUACCGCCACGAUUCUGUUCCAACUUGCCCAAGCCUUGGCCUUGGAUCAAGAUUCGAAGGCUGCUGUAAACCGUAUGCGCGAUGCAUAUAAUAUCUUCCUUUCCGAGCUCGGUCCAGAGGAUCGCAACACGAAGGAAGCCGAAAGCUGGUUGGAGCAACUCACCCAGAAUGCCGUUUCCAUUGCGAAGCACGCCAAGGAUAUCCAAGCUCGCAGACUUCGCAGAGUCAACCUGAGCACUCGUGUCUCACUAGGCACUAAGCCCCAACCCCAAGUUGGCCAGUCAGCGCCGGAAGCCGCCGGCGAUGCCCCAGCCGGAGCAGCGCAAUUGGACAACCGAAGCAUUGAUGAGCUCUUGAAAUUCAUUGAAGGCGACUCUAGCAGCCCACGCGGCAAGCAGUCCAAGAGAGGCACCGCCAAUCCUAAGCUUCGUGGCACCAAACAAUCCAAAUGA